UUGGGACGUGUAGUUCACAGAGACACUGGAGCGCCGGCAGGGAAACCUGUUUUAAAACUACAUUUCCCGUGUGGCGUUUCGCAGACUGGAUGCAGGAAGUGUGUGGAAGUUUGUUGAUGGAAAAAAGUUCUCAUGGUUAUUUUCAUGCCAGUGUAAAAAGUUACGUUUCUCUGGUUUGGCGACUCUCAGAAGACUGUGCAGAAGCUGUUUAGAGACACCAAAGGGACCAGAACAUCAAGAAUAAUGGGGAGCGAACCAGGCCCAGUUCAGAUUGUCAAUGUCUGUAAGGACGAUCACUCUUUCACCUUGGAGAUCAAUGCUUUGAGUCAGAUCCUGCUGAACCCCAAGGUCCGAGACAAACGUGUUGUGGUGGUGUCAGUGGCCGGAGCCUUCAGGAAGGGGAAGAGCUUUGUGCUCGACUUCAUGCUUCGAUACAUGCACAGACAGGACGAGGAGAAAUGGAUGGGUAACGAUGACGAGCCUCUGACCGGGUUUUCUUGGAGAGGAGGGUCAGAACCGGAAACAUCAGGCAUCCAGCUGUGGAGCGAAGUUUUCCUUGUCCAAAAGAGCGAUGGUGAAGAGGUGGCUGUGGUGUUGAUGGACACUCAGGGAGCGUUUGACGACCAGUCCACUGUGAAGGACUGUGCCACCAUCUUUGCCCUCAGCACUAUGACCAGCUCCAUACAGCUCUACAAUCUCUCACAGAACAUCCAGGAGGACGACCUGCAGCAGUUGCAGCUGUUCACCGAGUAUGGUCGUCUCGCCAUGGAUGAGAUCUUUCAGAAGCCCUUUCAGUCUUUGAUGUUUCUGAUCAGGGACUGGAGCUUUCCCUACGAGUACAGCUACGGGUUCAAAGGCGGGAAUCAAUUCCUGUAUAAACGGUUACAGGUUAAGGAGGCUCAACACGAGGAGCUGCAAACAGUCAGGGAGCACAUUCAUUCAUGCUUCACCAGCAUAUCCUGCUUCCUCUUACCUCACCCUGGUUUAAAAGUUGCCACCAGUCCUGCCUUUAAGGGACAGCUCUGCGAUGUUGGUCCUGAGUUCAGAGACCAGCUGAAGAGUUUGAUUCCCAAACUGCUGCAUCCAGACCGUCUGGUGGAGAAAGAAAUAAAUGGAAACAAAGUCACAUGCAGCGGCCUGCUCGAGUUUUUCAAGGUUUAUAUCAAGAUUUAUCAGGGAGAAGACCUACCGCAGCCAAAGACUAUGCUCAUGGCCACAGCAGAGGCCAAUAACUUGGCAGCUGUGGCGUCAGCCAAAGACCAGUAUUACAGGAACAUGGAGAAGGUGUGUGGAGGAGACCUGCCUUAUGUUUCUCCAGAUUCCCUGGAAGAGAAACAUCAGUUUUUCUUCCGGGAGGCUCUUCACGUCUUUGCAUCCACCAAGAAGAUGGGCGGACAGGAGUUUUGUAACCGUUACCAGGUGAAACUGGAAAAGGAGCUAUUGGAAAUGUGGGAGUCAUACCUGAAGCACAACGAGUCCAAAAACCUCUUCAGCGCCUUCCGGACUCCUGCUGUGCUCUUUGUCCUGGUGUGCCUCCUCUACGUGCUCUCUGGUUUGCUUCUUUUUAUCGGCCUGUCCACCUUCGCCAUGUUUUGCGACUGCACUCUUGGUGCGGUCAUGGUGGCCAUGCUGACGUGGGCCUUUAUCCGCUACUCGGGUCGGUACCGAAAUGUGGGAGGAGCCAUCGACCAGGCUGCCGGCGUCGUUCUGGAGCAGGCCACUGUGAUGCUGAACAAGUCGAGAGGGACAAGCAUGGUGGAGCACAAGAAAACCCGUUAAAAGACCUCCACACUCUCUUCAUAAUGCAAAGCAAACGGCGCCCACAGCAAACACACAGUCAGCACCCAAAGCCUUAUCAUGCCACCCAAACUCAACAACACUGACACGGGGUAGCGAGAUGAUGCCACUUCACCAGCAUCUCUAUUAUGCACAAUAUUCUGCCUGUUAACGGUUCUGUUAUUCUCUAAGGCAGGGACGUAAACUGUAUUUUAUGUCUUAAAUUGACACUGCCAUCACUUUACAAGUUUACAAUUGGUCUUAAUAGACAAGUCAAAGUUUACCUUAAACCUAAAAACACUUUUAUUUUCUACUUCAAGCUUAAUGCAUCUUCGUUGGCCGUAUGUUGCUAAGACAGGGUUUCUGCAGUGUAUCUUGAAAUAGUUUCCUAAAAUGCUAGCUUUAAAGCGUAUACAUUUAUUCAGGUUCCUGUGAGGUUUUCUUUGUUUUCACUCAUUGACUUUAAAACAUUCCAGCUUGUUUGUAGAUUGGCUUCAUAUUUUAACAUGAACUAGCAUUUCUUGGGAGGCUUUGAGGGGAGAGUAAACAGUUUUUUGCUCUACACAGCACAGCAUGGAGGCUGUAUGUAAUGGGAGAU